CCCACUCUCUGCUGUGAGCUGAUCUCUCCACGCUGCGCGCGCGGAUCUUCUCUCUCUGACUUUUUCUUCUUCUCCAUCACCGGGACGCGCGCGUGGAUGCGCACGGCGGCUACGGAGGCGCGAGCGCGCGCGGCUGCGUUCCGGCGAUAAAGAGAAGAGCGCGCGCGGCUUCCAUGGUGCUCGGAGACGCGAACAGGACCGCGAGCUACGGAGAGAGCGCGCGCUCGCUCAUGGCGGAGGCGCGCGCGCGGGAGCCUGGCGCGGGCGCUGCGAGCGUGAGGAUCUCGGAGGCGCUACUGCUUCCUCGGCUCUUGGGGCUCGCGCACGACGGCGGCGGCGGGGAGCGCGUGCCCGCCGUACACGUGCCCGCGCACCUGCCCGGUUCCGUGGCCUCGGAAAUGCUGGGACCCUCGGCCCUCGAGCCGAGCCUCGUGAUGGCAGCGGCCAACCGCACGCGCUGCGCCGAGCACAUCCUGAGCUACGGCGGCGCGGAGAAGGUGCUGAUCGGCGCCGUGCUCACCGCGCUCACGCUCAGCACCAUCUGCGGAAACGUGCUCGUGCUCGUCUCCGUGUGCUUCGUGAAGAAGCUGCGGCAGCCCUCCAACUACCUGAUCGUGUCGCUCGCGCUCGCGGACCUCUCCGUGGCGCUCGCCGUCAUGCCCUUCGUCAGCAUCACGGACCUGAUCGGCGGCCGCUGGAUCUUCGGCCAGUUCUUCUGCAACGUCUUCAUCGCCAUGGACGUGAUGUGCUGCACGGCGUCCAUCAUGACGCUGUGCGUGAUUAGCAUCGACAGGUAUCUGGGCAUCACCAGACCCUUGACGUACCCGGUGCGGCAGAAUGGCUGGUGCAUGGCCAAAAUGGUUUUCUCUGUGUGGCUACUCUCUGCAUCCAUCACCCUGCCGCCACUCUUCGGUUGGGCGCAGAAUGUGAACGACGACAAGGUGUGCCUGAUCAGCCAGGACUUUGGCUACACCAUCUACUCCACUGCUGUGGCAUUCUACAUACCUAUGACUGUCAUGCUGAUCAUGUACUACCGCAUUUAUCGGGCGGCCAAGCUGAGUGCGGCAAAGCAUACCAUCACAGGUUUCCCCCGGCCGGGUGAGAGUGGGCGAAAUGAGAACAAAGAGGACGAGGAGGACCCUGGGGAUGGUGCCGAAGAGACGACAGGCGUGGACUGUGUUACUGUUGCAAUGAAGCUGCACAGAGAGGUGGAGGAAUGCACCCGGUUGCCCCGACUCUUGCGGGGAAUGGCCGGCGGUGCCUCUGACCGCAAGAGCAUCUCCAUCUUCAAGCGAGAACAGAAGGCAGCAGCCACUCUGGGGGUUGUAGUGGGGGCCUUCGGCUUCUGCUGGCUGCCCUUCUUCCUGCUGUCCACAGCCCGACCUUUUGUGUGCGGGACAGAGUGCAGCUGUGUACCACUGUGGGUGGAGAGGACGCUGCUAUGGUUGGGCUAUGCCAACUCGCUCAUAAACCCUUUCAUCUAUGCCUUCUUCAACCGCGACUUGCGCACCACCUACCGCAGCCUUCUCAGCUGCCGGUACCGCAACAUCAACCGCAGGCUGUCAGCAGCCGGCAUGCACGAGGCACUCCGACUGGUGGAGAGGCCCGAGACCACAGUGUCGGGAUGACCCUGGCAUCCAGAAAUACAGGUGUGAAGCUGUAAACCUCAAGCAGGAAAUCCCUGCCUGACCCAGGGAACCCUAAUCUACACAGGGCCCUUGGAAGGUGUGCCAGGAAUUGUAGAUAACAUUUGGAAAUGUCCCUUUUGUUAGCUUUUAUCAAGGGGCCAAGGAUUUGUAGCUUCACCUGUGAGCUCAAACGUUUAAGAUUUAAUUAAAGAUGUCCAAAAAGUGGCUUCCCAGAGACCCUCAUUGAGCAAUCCCAAGGUGACAGUGGCACUGAACUACUACAACUAAGACUCAAAAGAAGAACCCGUCAUUCUCUGUCGACGCCGGAUAGUAGAAUAUGAUAAAGGAUAUACUACAGAACUAGCACUUAGGAUUUUUGGGUUGCCUUUCAAAACAGGGUCACCUAACAAGGAUGCAAAUGUUGAUUGUUGUCAUGAAUCAAAAAGUUCCAUGAAUAAUCAUGAAAAGACUUAAUUCAUAUAGAUGUUAGAUGUGCAAGCCAAUGGACCCAGAUUUAAAAUGUUUUCUGUGAGGAACAUCCACAGCUCCUACAGACCUGGCAUCUUACGUAUGGAAACACACAAAAACAAUGCAACAUUCUGUCAACCAGUGAGGCUGGAGGGUGCAGUGCACUUUAGAAUGUUACAUAACUCAACAAAUACUUUAUGAAGUGCUACGUUUAGGCCUGAAUGUCCUUUUGACAGUUAGUCUUGGGCAAACAAGCAGGUUGUAUCGUCUUCUCUGGCUUCAAAUCAAAAGACUCACUAUUCAUAGAGCCACACUUGUGAAAAGAUCGGUUAAUAUAUGGACUAUUGAUGCUGUUGGUUUCUUCUGGUGGGAGGGACCACCUUGUACUUGUACUCGUUUAAAAGGCAGGACGUUGUGACUUUUCUUCUUAAAAAUAGAAAGUUGCUGUGCGCAGGACUGGUUCUCCCCUGUGAAGCGCUUAUUGAACCAUGAAUGGCUCGUUUGUCAACUGCCAGCAUCGGUUAGUUCAAUGGGAGCCAUUUAUCAGCGUCCGUCUCCAAAAGACAUUCUGCAAGGACUUCAAAACUCUUUCUUCUCAAGACAAAACAGUCCAGCAGCGCUUUCCAUAGUCCCCACCUUCCGCAUCAGCUAAAAGGCUUCUGCGACAACUGUCUCAUUGCUUUGUCUUCAGUGUAGAGCUGAUGUUGGUGAAAGCUGCUGUGGUUAGAGUUAAGGAAGAACAAGAGGAAUUUAAUACAAGCUCUGCAAUCAUAUAUCCCUGAUUGUAAAAAUAACUCACCUCCUCGUUGUAUCAGCCGUAUUUGGUCUGCCUUUGGACAGAUUGCAUUAACCUUUAUUAAAGGGUAAUUCAACUGAUUUUUCAUGAGUUCUGUAUAAUUCAGUGGUUGAGAUGUAAAGUCAUGCAGAGUGGUUUGAUGUGAAAUGGUGCAUCGUAGAGAAACGUACCCACCAUGGUUUCAUUACAAUGGUGCUUAUAGGAACCAGGGGCCAUAUUACAGAAAAUUCAGAAGUCUGAGAUCUGCUUUGUUGUCAUGGCAACUUCACUUAAGCCUGAAGUUAGAACAGAGGUUAUUACAGAACAACAGUUCUUAAGUCUGUAAUCAUAUUUUAUUUCCAGAUUAGAAAAUGGUUUUGCAGAAACAGCCUAAGUUGUGAAAAUAUCCUAAAUAUUUUCUUAACUUUAAGAUAAACCCCAGAGCGUCUGAGCCCCAGAUGAUGCAGAGACUCUCCACCGUCCCUCUUAUUACCUUCAGGUGUUAAUGUUGAUGAUACAAUAUUACAGUGAUGGUGGUGAAUAAUGAGGAGACGGAGCUGACCGUGUGUCUAUUUAUUAGGAGGAAUAGCGCGUUCGGAUUAAGCGUUUGGGAAAUGGAGACUGAAACUGGGAAGCGAUGACUCUGAUAAACAGCACGAAGCGCUUUAGUGUUAUCUGGCUUUCGCUGCGUCCCAAUUGCACAUUUAAUACUAAUACUAACUAGUGUUUGAGUAUGUGGUAUAGUCAGAAGUGUCAAAGUUGAGUAUACUCAAAAAUCCACAAUGCAUACUUAGAACCAGUGGGUUUUUGAGUAUAGUAAUGAUGGACACUAUUGUCUCACAAUCCAAUGUUAAAACAUAAAGGGAGGAGCUUUCCCGUGUCUGGAAAAUUCUGAAAAAGUGGUGGACGGUGAUGCGACAACAGCUGCGGUGGUAGCGGGACCAUAAAAGGUGUAUAAAUGUGAGCUCGUCCCAAAUUUGUAAAAUAUUGUGUUAAAAAAACGGAUGUGUUGUACUUGCUAAUGUUUUCAUUCAGCACGUUAAUUCGUUAGCUAGCCUUCAGAGUCUAGCUUGAUAUGAUGUGUGUUGUCAUAGCAACGGUUCGUCGGUUCCUCUUAGUAAGAAUGGUGUAGUACGUUAAUAUUUUGGGUACUAACCUGUCGAGCUCAUACUAUUAAGAUUAGUACACAGUGUAUACUGUGUAGUAUUAGUGUGUAGUACACAAUUGGGACGCAGCCUUUCGUUACCUCAGUAACGGUAGCUAAAGUUAGCUGCCUGGCUAACUAACGUGAUUAUGUGUUAAUGUUUAAGCUGUGCACGUAUAGUCGUUGCUAGGUAACAGACUGACAGUUGAUUGUCGACUUCAAUCGAGAAAGUGAAGAUUUCCUAAGAGAUAGGACGCUGUAAGAUAAAGAUUCUUAAAAUAAGAUCAGAUUUGCUUCUGUAAUACGAAUUUGUGAAAAAUCUGACCUGUCGGAUUUUAAGUUCAGACAAAAAGAUGAGAAUUUUCUGUAAUAUGGCCCCUGGGGUCUCGAUGUCUACAAUAGAUGUAUAGCUAUUUUAUUACUAUCCAACGACGAGUGAACCUACGUGUGUUUUCUUAGAUUUGAUAUACAGUGUUGAUAACGGUAGUGGUAAAACACUCCGGCAGGAAUGUAUUCAAAUAAGGACAUUUUAGGAAGAAUCUUACCUCAAAACUAUUGUAAAACAGUGUCUCAGGCGUCAUGCAGUGUAUUUGUUACCAUUUCGUGUAGAAAUGUUCUGUGAGCUUUUAGAGCCGUUAAAGUCUUCAGACGUCUGGUUCCUUUCCAAAUGACUUGUUUUUUCAUCUUAACAACACACUCUUAAAAAAAAGAUUCUUCAAGGGUUCUUUAGGAAAUCGAACGGUUCCAUUUAGAAGCACUAGUUCUAGAUAAAACCAUUUCAUGCUUAAAUGGUUCCUUGUAUGGUGAAAUGGUUCUUCAGGUUGAUGGAGAAUGUGCUGUAUAUGGUUCUGUUAUGUUCUCCACCGAUCAGACCUAACAUACUGACCACCUCCUUGUUUCUACUUCUACUAUGUAGGUGCACUUUGUUACAGACUGUAGUCCAUCUGUUUCUCUGAUACUCUGUUACCCUGUUCUUCAGUGGUCAGGACCCCCAU